CUGUGCUACUCCCUCACACACACAUAUGUACACACUCACUAACACGUGUCCGCUGAGCUGGAGAGGUGCCUUUUUAAGGAGACAAACACACUUUUUGUCUUGUCUCACUCUCUCUUACACACACACACACACACACAUGGGCAAACACUGUACAGCUGGACUCAACAGAACCAGACCGGACUACUGUCACCCACCAGUGGAGGUUCUCGCAUGAACGCCAACUACCGGUGUGGGUGAGCGCAAGGGUGAUGCCAGGAGAGCUUGAAAGACAGCGAGGAAACAAGCCGCACUCCGUCCAACGCCGUCCGUCUGCACCCCUUCGUCCCUGUCCCAGCUGGCUGAGCUGAUACCUCAGGUCGGACGCUCUACUUCUUCUUCUACUUGUACCGCUCUGACACUGUUUCGGUUGGAGAAAUUUUCCAGGUGAGGGACGGAGAGGAAGGAGCCGCAGUGUGUCCCGACAGUGUCACUCCUGUUAUUUCGAAGAGUUGUUCGGGCAUUUUCGGUUUUCCAAACACGACAUCCGAUUUGCGGGACUGAGCAGGUCAAGAGGACUAUGUGUCAUUUUUGUUUGGGUCUGGUUUUGUGAGGUGGCCAUGGAUUCAUUGCUGAACCUUUUUGGAUGGGGUUGAGUUGAACUUCACUGGAGCUCCUGGAGAGGGGAGUCAUUGGGGUACUGGCCCAAAGAAGUGCAUUCGGACCGGGACAGAGGCAUUGACUGGUCGACAGUGCGCUGGUUUUUUUGGAUAACAACAUGACUUGUCCCAACAGAGGAACUGUGACGUAUUAAGGCUUUUCUAGAACCAGACUUUUAAAGGUAAACCCUUAAAGAUCAAAGCCUCAGCAAGGUUUGGUUGCCAGUUUUGGGUGGACCUCUAGAGGGACCCACCCUUAAUAACUCUACCUCCUCAUCAUCUUCCCUUUCUCUCCCCUUUUUUCUGCCUCUCGUCAUCACUUUGGUAAAUCAGAAACCCCACUCCUCCGCUUUGCACCCCUCCCUCAGCGGUGCUCCAUCGCCCUGGGUGAGUGGGCAGGGGGGUGGCCCACGGUACCCCCCGACACCUGGGCGCCACUGAGCCGCCAGAGGCCGGUGAGGCGGCGGCAGGUUCAGCGCCAGGAAAAUGGCCGCUCUCGCCAGCUCCCUCAUUCGCCAGCGGAGGGAGGUCAAAGACCCCCAGGCAAACCGGCAGAUCGCCAGCAAGCGCAAGCCUUGCCCGAAGAGCAACAAGUCGCUCUGCCAAAAGCAAAUUCUAAUAUUAAUAUCGAAGGUUCGACUAUGUGGCAGUCGAGGGAGAAAAAUGGAAAAAAGACCAGAGCCCCAGCUGAAGGGCAUCGUCACGCGGCUCUACUGCAGACACGGCUUCUACCUCCAGAUGCUGCCGGAUGGCACCAUGGAAGGCACAAAGGACGAAAGCAGCUCCUUCUUGCAGUUCAACUUGAUUCCUGUGGGGCUGAGGAUAGUGGCCAUCCAGAGCACCAAGACAGGGCUCUACGUUGCCAUGAACAGCGAGGGCUACCUCUACACUUCGGAACACUUCACGCCAGAGUGUAAGUUCAAGGAGUGUGUGUUCGAGAACUACUACGUCACCUACUCAUCCAUCCUGUACAGACAGACUCAAUCAGGUCGAGCCUGGUACAUCGGCAUCAACCGGGAUGGACAGGUCAUGAAGGGGAAUCGAGUCAAGAAGACUAAAGGAGCUGCACACUUUCUGCCCAAACUCAUUGAAGUGGCCAUGUACAGGGAGCCGUCUCUACACGACGUAGCUGAGCAGAGUCCGCCCAGGAAAACGCCCAAGACCUCCAGUGACUCACCUGUACUCCAGAACGGCAAGAAAGACCCUCAAUCUAAAACCAAAACCUCCUCCUCCUAGCGCUCAGAGACACAGGGGGAGGAGGUGUGGAGGACACAUAAACAGGGUUGUUAGGGCUACCCCCACCUGCUGCCUGCAGCAUGACCCCAUGAUGACUUUGCAACGCGUGGGUGUGAAGUUGGAGAAAAUAAGCAGGUCUGGGCAAAGUGGAGGUUUCAGAGGAUUUCAUUCUGCCCCUCCUUCAAAACUGGCUAACGGAAGGGAAGCCGCUUUUACCUUCGCAGACGUCCAUCCACACCAGCCCUCCACCUUCUUAUUUAAUAACCUCGUGGCUAGCAGAGCCUGGGAUUUAAAAGCAAUAACUCCAUGAAGAAGGCAGACAGUUGCCUAGCGUCUUAUAGCAUGUCACCACAGUGUGUUUAACCUGCUGGAAGGGAAUCCCACUCGCCUUGAAGCCACCAUGAGUGGCAUCCUUCCAGUCAACCAAAUAUCUAAGCAAAGUCUUCCUGGUUUUACCACAAUGGGUGCGUCGGUUAAAGCCGUCCCUCUGCAGCACACACUUUACAAAUGGGUUGAGUUUGUCUUUCCCAUCAGGGUUCCGCACUUCUGUUAGCCAUGCUAAUGCAAGGCUUUCACAGGGAACCUUGCAGACUUUUGUUCUGCAGCCAUCUGCUCACUCUUCUUCUGUGUGUGUCAGCGACUUUAUAAGAUGGCCCGGAUACUUGUCAGCCCUGUUUGUGUGUUUGUGUGUGUGUGUGUGUGUAUGUUCAUUCCCUCCCCAACCUCAUCUUCUUUCAUUCACCUUUGGUGCGAUUUGAUUAGUUUGUGACAUGGACUCAAUUUUCCACUUGGUGGCACAAGAAAACCCCUCCCAUCCUCGCUGGCUCUGUUAAUGGAGUCUGGGGCUGAUCAGGAUCUUUCGACCCUUAAACGAGGGGCCAAGAGCUCCCCCGGCACACCACACAACAACACACACUCACACAGAUUCAUUACUACACUGACAUUUCAACACAAUCCCACUACGAUGUGUGUGCUGCAUGUACACACUUUAGCAGCAGCAACCGAAGAAAAUGAUCUCACACCGUCACACACUUAACACAAUGACAUUAUUACACAGACACUCACAAAUGCACACAUGCCGACACAGAAGCGAGUGUGUGUGCAGGUUCUGGGAGAUGAUGAGGAUGUCAUCAUGGAGAUGGGGUGCUGAUGGUGCCUGACUGUAGCUUGUGAUUGCACUGCAAUAGCUUUCUUCACUGUGGCUAACCAUGCAUUCCACAAGGCCUGCAUGGCCUUAUGGUCCUUUCUUUAACUCGUGAUCGUUUUAUCCAGAAAAUACAGAAAAAGUGACUCUCAUUAAAUUAUUGUAUCCAAAGUAUGCUACAUAAGUGUGCAAACUUAUAUUCCAAUAUGUUGAUGCACAAAGUACAAACAAGGGGGUCGUGCUCACUUCUCACAUAGGAAACAGUGUCUUUUCAUAGGUUUCCUUCACUCAUAGAAGAGGUGAUUGAAAAAAAAAAAUCACUUUUAGAGGCUUUUAUAUAUAACACCUCUGGACCCUCUGGUACAUCAAAAUUUAAUGACCUAAGC